AUGCUGGCCGAUCUUCCGCCGGAGAUCCAGUCGCUCGUUAUCUCUUUUGUCCCCGCAAAUCGUGACAUUGCGGCCCUGUCGCACCAAUGCCGCCAGCUCUACUCGCUUUGUGACUUGGAACUGCGCCAAAGGUUCCACCGAAUCAAGGUUACCGCGAAAGAUGAGGACAUCGAAACGGUAUUCAAUCUGCUCAUAGAAAUCUUAAAGAAGCCUCGUCUGGGCACUUUUGUAAAUCACAUCGAGUGUCCCGUCCUGACGACCAUCACCCACGAGUGGACGGGGACGCCUCAGCGACACCUAGCAGAAGAGGAGAUGAAUCUUGUCCAAAGCAUGGUUCGAGAAGCGGGAUUUGAGGGUCUGGAAAAAGAGCGCGUGGUCAGUAUGCUUCUGCAGAAAACGGCAAAGGUAGAGACAUCGAACGCUCUGGAUUUUGCGGCAUAUCGCUAUUCAAAGGCCUGCGAGACAUUCAUUUCUCAGGCUUUCGUUACAUCUCUCAUGAUCGUAUGUCCGAACCUACAGUCCUUGGCUAUUACAUUGCCCUUCGCGUGCUAUGACCCCAUAUACUGCCCGGAUAUUGCAAUGCCACUCGACCUGUUUCUUCGCCGGAUGCUAUCUAUCCAAAUGAGCCCUGAACCGGUGCCGUACCUGCGCCAACUGCGCCACGUUUAUUUCAUCAACCUCGACAAAACAGGAGAUGGUCGCUCUUAUGUCCAUCUGGAAUUUGGGGGUGGUAUGAUGCUAUUUGGCAAUCUUCCGUCUAUUGAAUCUGCCGCGACAGAUGCAGUUGAGUUACCCGACCUUGAGCCUCCACUCCCUGAAGAGUCCAUCGACAUCAGCAAGAUCUGCAUAAAGCAUUCCUCUCUUAAUUCCAACUAUCUUGUCCGGCUUAUCUUAAUGCCCAGGGUUCUGAAGGAGUUUCGGUAUUCUGUUGGUGGCAGGGAAAGCAUUGAGGGGGGUUAUCCGAUGUUCAAUCCCAAGGCUGUCAUUAAGGCACUCUGCGGGCAUAAACAAAGAUUACAGACUCUUGAUGUUGAUGUUGAAGGUGAAUGUCUCCCUUUUCAACUCAAGGAAGAGGACUGGGAAGCCGAGAUGGAUAGCCAUGGAAGUGCGUGGGACCUUGGCGAAGACGAGGAAAUGAUCAAGCUGAUUAAACGGGUCUGGUCGCGGAGCGGGUCACUCCAAGACUUUGUGGCUCUGAAAUAUUUGAGCCUGAGUAUCAACUUCCUGCUGUACUUGGCCAAGGGCGUCAGUGGCGAACCCGACGAAAAGUGCGAAAAGCGCCCCCUGGUCGAUUGUUUGCCGCCGAAACUCGAACAUAUUUGUGUCCGAGGCUACAAAAGAGGCGUAAACGAAGACCAUGAUGCGCAGAUGGAUGCUCUUGUGUCGCUCUGUGAAUCGGGAUUGUCUACACUGAAGACAAUUGAGGGUGUGAAAAAGGUGAUUCCCAAUGCGGUCACGAUUGAAGACAUCGACGAGGAUGGCGAUCUACUUUGGAAGUCCAAGUACGAAAGCUCGGAUUAUGAGUCCUGA